AUGUCCGACUUCUUUAAAGACGGCAGAGGGAAACUAGAGAGUCAUGAGCCUGCAAAGGAGGUAAACCUCAUGGCAUUCAGAGAAUUACCGCUUGGUCCUCUUUCCAAAGAUAAUCAACCUGCUCCUCGAAGUGGACAUAGAAUAUUUACGGACGAUCAAUUUCUUUACGUUGUUGGGGGAUUUGAUCGCACUGUUGAUGAGCAAGAAGGUAGAAUAUAUAAAGAGGUGUGGCGGUAUAGUUUAUUUACACAUGAGUGGUCGAGAAUGGAGGUUCGAGGUGACUUUCCUACUGCGCUAGCCUCUUUUGCUCGUAAGUCCAGUGAUUCUCAACUCGAUGGUUCCGUUUUAAGUAUCGUUGUUUUAGUAUCACAGACUUCACCUUAUUCCAAUCACAUAAUUCUAUUCGGUGGUACCGCUGUCCCCUUUGGAAUGUCAACUUCGUCAAGCGUUCACCUGAUUUCUUUCUAUGACGAUUCUAAUUCGCUUCUUUCUAGAGUCCUUCCAGUAGAGGGCGAGAAAUUGGCUACAUAUGGUCACGCAAUGCUGCAGGGAUCUGAUCCAAACACAUUCUAUGUGAUUGGUGGCACAACAGGACAUAACUUUUUCCUCGAUGUCGACAAGUUAGCAUAUGAAAAUGGGAAGUGGACUUGGUCCAGUGAAGCUCUAGCUAAUCCGAACAUGGAGGGGAGAUAUCGUUUGGAAGCUGUUUUACAUGAAGGUCUUAUCUAUCUUUUUGGAGGUGGUCGACCGGAUUAUGUAACAGAACUUCGCACCGUAUGUUUUUUAUAUUUACACUAA